AUGAAAUACUUCAUCGUCUUGCUUGGUUUCGUGGCGGUUGCCUACGGUCAAACCAACGUGCACAGAUGUGUUGGCACCGCCGGUCCUCUGCCCACGAGAACUACCAUCGAGGGCUGUACCAACCCGCCCUGUGACCUGCCACAGCUCAGAAAUGCUGUUAUACAUAUGUCAUUCACAGCUCCUCGCAACAUUAGGACGAUGCGUACCCUAGCCACGGCGUUCUUGGGCGCCGUCCCUGUCCCAUACAACCUCGGCGAUGCCGCGAACACCUGCAACUUCCUCACCAACACUCGCUGUCCAGUCAACAAUGGCGUCAACGUCGACUACACACUCAGGAUGUUCAUCGAGUCUUUCUUCCCAGUCGGUACGGCUGUCACCGUAGAGAUGCGCGUAGUGGAUGAAAACAACAACUCAGUGGUCUGCGUGCGCGUGCCCAUUCGCAUCGUGAGAGGG